AUGUCAAUCACAGAAGUAGGGUCUCUUCCAGAAUUCAGAGCCCAAAUCAAGGGCAAGACCUCGGUCGUUGACUUUUACGCCACAUGGUGUGGUCCUUGCAAGGCAAUCUCGCCUAUUGUCGAGAAGUUGAGUGACUCGUAUCCUCAGCACAAAUUCUUCAAGGUUGAUGUUGACCAGGCUAACGAUAUUGCUCGUGAGUAUGGUAUUAGUGCUAUGCCUACCUUUCUUCUGUUCCAGGACGGCGUUAAGGUUGGCCAGGUUGUUGGUGCCAAUCCACAGGGAUUGAAGCAGGCAAUUGACCAGCUCGAGCAAUAA